UCUCUCUUUGCCCUCUUCAUCGUCGCUUGCUCCCAGCUGGCGAGGUCUGACACCACCUCCAACAGUCUCACAGGCAUGGCAGUAUACUGGAAUACCGGGGGACUUUUCUCUUUGCGUCUUCUUACUAAAAUUUCAAUGUGACAGUACACAUCCCAGCUGUUUUGGUCGCCCGUGCUAACUUGAGUCAUUCCUUCGCCAUGCAGAGAAUUCAUGAUAGGCUGCAUAUCUUCUAUAUGACUCUUGGCACGAUGUUUUCAUACUUACGUUCCUUCUCCGAAUACAUUUCCUUUCUUGAUUACGCUGGUGCUUGGAGCCGCUUUGGCAGCAAAUCCGCAUAUUCGGAGAUCGUGUCCCCGCUCCCACGGUCGGAGGGAUGGAGCAUGAUUAGAAAUGGGCCUGCUGAUUAAACCCCUCUCGUAAGGACGUAUAAGCGCCUACCAUCUCCCAGCCAAGCAUAAACGAAGCUUUGUUUCCGUUCUUCUUUUGCUUUGUCUUCCGAAUCCAACGACGUGAAUUGGGAGAAACAAAAUGGCAUCCAUUGACCUCAUCAACAAGGCGCCUGAGGGCACCAAACUUUGGCUCCUUCACUGUGGCAACCUUGAAGCAGAGGAAGGUUGGUUCAAGCGCGGUGGCGGUGUUUCCACGGUUUCCAAUCCAGCCCCGAAGCCUGAGCGCAGAAAGUUGGUCAUAAUCUCAGCCCUCAUCUCUCACCCAACCGAAGGCCUCAUUCUCUUCGAAACGGGUGGUGGGAAGGACUACCCUCAGGUCUGGGGAGACGCGCUUAAUGACGUCUUUGCCCGUGUAGACUACUCGCCUGAGCACGAGUUGGAGGCUCAGAUCAAGAAAACGGGACACGAUAUCAAGGACGUCAAGGCUGUAGUUAUGGGCCACUUGCACCUUGAUCACGCAGGUGGGCUAGAAAACUUCCUGAAGACGGAUGUGCCCAUUUAUGUGCACGAGGACGAGCUCAAACACGCUUUUUUUAGCGUGGCUACAAAGACUGAUCUUGGUGUAUAUCUCCCUCACUACAUGUCCCUCACGGAUCUCAACUGGCAAGCCUGGACAGGUGAUUUCCUGGAGCUUGCUCCCGGAAUCAAUCUGCACAAGUUGCCGGGCCACACACCAGGACUUGCAGGUAUGCAAGUCAAUCUAAAAGACUCGGGGACGUGGAUCUUCACUACCGAUAUGUAUCACGUGCACGAGAAUUGGGAGGAUAAUGUACCACAAGGCUGGCUUGCUAGGGAUCACGACGACUGGGUCAGAAGCCACCAAAAGAUGAGGAUGCUGCAGAAGAGAACCGGUGCGAAAAUGAUAUUGGGACAUUGCGCUCAGACGUUUCAUAAAUAUGAGAGCGCGCCACACGUCUAUACGUAGGGCAGAAUUUGGUGAUGUCAAAUUCAGCCGCAAAGAAGAACAGGCCGUGGUAUAAAACCCGUGAUCUAGUUUUGACUUUGUGCUGUUGAGAUCUCGAUGGUACAUAUUUGAUCAAUUUGAACCUGUUCCUUUCAUGUCAAAUUGUAAUUAAACGUGUUUUUAGUCCUUUCAAAAUCUGCUUCGAGAGGUAGAACAGCAGUUUCGAGGCCUAGAUCACAGAAUUUCUACAAUCCCGUCCAGUGCUACUGUUUAUAAUGGAUUGGUGCCUAAGGUCUCACGAGACAAAACUGGGUUCUUGACGGAGCUGUAACCCAGAAUACGGACGGUACGAACAACAUUAUUUAAUCGUUUGAUCAAAUUCUGUACUGUAUCAUCCAACCUUCC